AUGGCGGCGGCCGAGCAGCAGCCGCCGGCGGCCGAUGGCGGCAAGGCGCUGAGCGCGCUGCUGGGCGGCAUCGCGCAGGCCGCCUACUACGGCAAGGCCGACAUCACGGAGGAGCUGUUGCGCGGGCAGCUCUACCCCGAGGCGGCGCCGGAGGAGUUCCGCGCCCUGCGCGCCAAGAUGGGCGGCCUGCUGCAGUCAAUUGCUUCAGCUGAUAUGGAUUUGAAUCAGCUGGAAGCUUUUCUCACUGCCCAAACAAAAAAGCAAGGUGGCAUCACGUCGGAUCAAGCUGCGGUCAUUGCCAAAUUUUGGAAAAACCACCGAGUGAGGAUCCAUGAGAGCCUGGUAAAUCAAAGCCGCUGGGAUAACGUCUUGAAAAACAUGAACUGGAGAGUGGAUCUGAAGUCACAGUCAAGACACGUUGAUCAGAUAAAUACUCCAGUUGCAAUAGUUGAAAUGGAACUGGGGAAAAACGGUCAGGAAUCUGAAUUUCUCUGCCUGGAGUUUGAUGAGGCCAGGGUGAGCCAGAUGCUGAAGAAACUCUCAGAAAUAGAGGACAGCAUGACUGCAUUGACUCAGACCACCUGACUCACAGAAAAUAAAGAGAUUGCAACUCAAAAAAACAAA